AUGGUCAACAACUUAGUAGAUAAAGCCAAGAAGAAUAUAGACUUUUAAAGUGGUGAAAUAUUUCCACCUUCUUCAAAUUAUGAAAAUCUAGAUUAGAAAUAAAAAAGAGUGCAAUAAACUACUUAAGACAUUGAUUAAUAACUCAGAAAAGCAGCAUAAUUGCAUAGAGAUGGAUAUUUGGGAGAAGCAAAAGAAAUAUAUGUUAGUUAAGCGGAAAGAAUGAUGGAAGUGAUUAAAGAAACUUCUGAUGCUGUUGAAUUUAGCAAUGCAAUGAAAUAAUAAUUAAAAACAACAAUAACAAAAGCUGAGUAAAUAAAAAAUGAGAUAGAAGGAAUGCAAUAAAAAAAGGUUACAGUGAAAAGUCAGCCAAAUUAGCAGAUUUAAUAUCAACCCUAGCUUCAACCAUAGAUGCAAUAGCAAUAUAAUCCUUAAAUUUCCAAUGAUAAUCAAAGAAAGCCUGUGAGUGUAGCUGAAAUAGUAUAAAAGUAAAUUGGUAUGCCAGAUGCUUAGAGAAGAGAAAUUCUUUCGAAAUUAGAUCAGAAUAUGGUCAAAGUAAUAAUGGAGACAAUUAUUGACCAUGGUCCCGGAAUUAAAUGGGAAGAUAUUGAGGGCUUAAGAGAUAUAAAAAAAGCUAUGGUCGAAAAUAUUAUUUAUCCAUAAAUGAGGCCAGAUGUUUUCACCGGAUUAAGAGCUCCUACAAAAGGUAUUUUGCUUUACGGGCCACCUGGAAACGGUAAAACAAUGAUAGCUAAAGCUGUAGCAACAGAAUGUAGAAGUACAUUUUUUAGUAUUAGCGCGAGUUCUUUAGUCUCAAAGUGGAUGGGAGAGAGUGAAAAGCUAAUGAGAACAUUAUUUAGUCUUGCAGCUAUACAAUAGCCAAGCAUAAUAUUUAUUGAUGAGGUGGAUUCAAUGCUAACAAAAAGAUCAAGCGAUGAAUAAGAGGCUUCAAGAAGAUUAAAAACUGAAUUCUUGAUAUAAUUGGAUGGUGUAGGAUCUUCAUCCAGUGGUAUUCUGGUAAUAGCUGCUACUAAUAGGCCAUUUGAUCUGGAUGAAGCUGCAUUGAGAAGAUUAACCAAAAGAAUAUACAUUGGCCUUCCUGAUAAAGAUGCAAGACUUGGCUUGAUAAAUAAGUUAAUAAAGUAAGUUGACACAGAUCUCUCUGUCAAGGAUCUUGAUUAAAUAGCAACAGCUUCUAAAGGAUACUCAUCAGCUGAUCUUACUGCAUUUGUUAAAGAAGCGGCUAUGGAGCCAAUAAGAGAGUUACCAGCUGGAUAGCUUAUGAAGAUUAAAAAUGCUAGUUAAAUAAGAAAAGUUAAUAAGAGAGAUUUUGAGAAGGCUUUCAGGUUGAUUUAGCCUUCAGUAAGUUAGCAAUCCCUUUUAGAAUAUAAAGUCUGGCAUCAAAAUAAUCCAUCCAGUAUGUGA